GUUCUGCCAGAAGUCCCCGCAGCUUGCGAAAUGCGAACGCAACCGCGGAAGAACAGCCUUCUGGUCUUAGCCACCGCGCCACGGCGAAAAAGGCGAUAAGCUGGCUAAAGCCGCGAAACUCCACUUAUUUAAUGGAAGUCUCAAGAACUGCGAGCGGCCUCUACGGGUAAUCUCCUGCAUGCCCCCGGGUUAAUAUUGAACCAAUUCGGUGUCUCGAACCUCAACUAAAUUACCCUUUAGUCCGCAUCGCCUGCCAGUGCAAGUGCUAGCCCUGAGUUUACCUUCUAUGGUCUUCAUUUACUGUCUCUUUGUCCGUAUCCGACGCUCCCCACAAUCUAUUUCGUUAUAAAACGAAGAGGGUUUCCAGCGAACCAUUCACAAGAAUGCUUUGAUAUCCGGUUCUGUUCUACAAAAUAAUACCCUCUUAUUCUUACUAGCAUGAAAACUGGAACAACAAAUUUUUCUGCGUUCUUACUAUUCCAUCAAUUUUUGCGGCAAUAUUCUUCUAUCCACACAAUAUCUCCAUCACAGACCCUUCAAGAAAGCAUUAAAGCUGCAGUUGAAUCAAAGUUGUAUAAGAAACUACCAGAUUUGUUUCCUUCUUUGCGAGAUGCUUGCCAAAACCCCAGUCCUUUCUCGUUUCUCUCUACCCUUCCUGUUAACUUCACAACACAAGUUGUGGAUGAGAUAUUGCAGUCUUUAAUCCCUCUCAGACCUCGCUCAAGGCCCCAGCUUGUCUAUGCCUCUCUGCUUUUCUACACUCUUCAAAGCCCUUCACCGCUUCCCCUCUCUCUUUCUGUCCUCCAGCGGAUUCUCCACUCUGGUUGUGUCCCUGCCCCACAGACCCACCUACUCCUCUCUUCUGCAUGGCUAAAACAGCGUGGCCAGUCUAAGUCUGUUGCUAAUAUCUUGCUGGACAUGCGAUCAAUUGGAUACGAGCCUGACAGCAGCAUAUGUAAUUAUCUUAUAUCCUCCCUUUGUGCCAUUGAUGAGUUAGCAGAGGCUUCUCAAGUUUUGAAGGCUAUGGGAGGGGCAGGAUGCAUUCCUGACUUGGAGAGUUACGGCACUUUAAUUGGUGCAUCAACAGCAGUUAGACGGACACGCGAGGCAGUGGAAUUACUGAAAGAAAUGGUAGUAAAAGUUAAAUUGACACCAAGACAAGGAACAAUUAUCAAUGUAGUGGCUGCAUUACGAGCAAACCGAGAGAUAAGGAGAGCAGUUGAGAUCAUUGAGCUCUUGGAGAAGGAGAGCCACAAUGUUGGAUUUGAGAGCUAUGAGCUCCUCGUUGAGGGUUGUCUGGACUGCCGUGAGUAUAUUUUAGCUGGAAAGGUGGUCAUGGGGAUGACAAAGAGAGGGUUUAUACCCUACAUCAGGGUUAGGCAAAAGGUUGUUGAGGGGCUGGCUGAUGUGGGAGAAGUGGAACUGGCUUCUGCUGUGAGACGCAGAUUUGCAGAAUUGAGAUCUUAGAUACUUUAAACUAUUUAUAUUUUUAAUUUGAAAUAUAUAUUCUGCAUCAGAAUGGCUUGUGGGAAAGAUUUAAAGAAGAAUUUUACAUGAUAAAUACUCCUUGAAUAGAUUUAUUUUAUUCUGUUUGAAUCCUGCCUUUUCUUUCAAACUGCUAUUGCACAUAAAUGACAACUUCUUACUGAUUUAAUUGCAUCACUGCAGAACCUAGUUUAGUGGAUAUAAAAAUCUGCAUAUGAAUCAUAAUCUUUUAAUUUAGCUUCUUCACUCCUAAAGGUAGCUCAAUAUCAAUUAA